AUGUUGGUGGAAAAAGAACAAAAAAUUGAAAUUCAAAGACCAACUGGUGCUGUUAGAAUUAGGCAAAGGUUUAAUUGGUACAUGUGGUUUUGUGGUUUUGUUGCAAACCUACUCUCAAUUCCAUGUGGAGCAGUUUUGGUAUGGAUAUCUCCGGUUAUUUCGAUGUUAAAAUCCAGCGAUCCCGACAUAAAUCCUUUGGGAACUCCAAUUACUACAGUGCAGCUUUCCUUGCUAGCAUGUACACCAUCUUUUUCUUUAAUAAUCACACCGUUUUUAAUGGAUCGGCUAGCAGAUAAGCUAGGAAGAAAACAGUGGAUGCUUCUUGCUUCUUUAAUAUUAAUUUCUAGCUUAACAGUUAUAGCAUUCGUUGCUAAUAUUUACGUUUACUAUAUUAGUAGGUUUGUAUAUGGGAUAUCUAGAGAUUUAAUUAUGAUAAAUACUAGCAUUUACGGUAACGAAAUAGCGGAAAAAAAUAAAAGAGGAAUGUUUACUUUGUUGUCAUCAUUAGGAUAUCCGUUUGGUAUCAUUUAUGGAUACGUAUUUGGGUCUAUUACAAAUUUUACUACUUUUACUUUAAUUUGCGCACUACCAGCAGUACUGCAUGUACUUUUAAACUCAUUAAUAGUGGAAUCACCGGUUUAUUUGGCGUUGAAAAGGAAACGAUUCGAAUCAUUGUUGGCUUUGGAAAAGUUGAGAACGUCCAGUGAAGAUAAAGACAUCGAAUUAGAGCUAACUUUAAUAACAGACGAUAUUAAAACUAAUAAUACAUCUAGUAAACCUAGUUUAUUAAGUCUUUUUAGUAGUAGACUUGGUAGGAAAGGUUUAUUUGUAUCGGCAGUACUAACGUUUACUCAAAAAUUCUCAGGGAUACAUUUUAUAUUACCUUUUUUAGCUUCAAGCAUCGAUAGUGCUGGUAUUUCUCUAUCUGGAAAUGCUAUGAAUAUAAUAAUCGGUGUGCUACUAUUCAUUUUUUUUAUCCUGACUGCUUUAGUUGUGGAAAAGAUCGGUAAACGACCGCUUAUAUUGACAUCUACCUUCACUUGUAGUAUAUCAAUGUUAUUUAUGGGUAUUUAUUUUUAUCUGACAGAUAUACAAUCGAGUUGGGUAGCACAUUUUAGAUGGUUUCCGAUACCGUGUGCUGUCAUCUUCAUAGUAGGGUACGGAAUGGGUUUAGGUUGCCUAAUUUUACCCUCAGCCAGUGAGUUGUUUUCUAAUGAAUUACGAGUGCUGGGGCAACUUCCCGUUGGAGUCCAUUUGUUUCAAUCAUCAAGCGGUAGCGGCAUACAAACGGGCGGCUAG